ACACUCCCGACAGAGUCAUGCAGUACGAAGUUCCUCACUACNCCCCUCCCGCCCACCACGACAUGUCGUCGGCGGCACCCGCGCCCCAGUACACCCAGAACCUCUACGUGCCUACCGGUAGAAUCAAGUCCGAGAAUGGCUCCGAGCGUGGUGUCUCACCUCACCCUUCUGACCCCUCGUCACGUUAUUCUUCUCAAGCCCCUCCUGCCAUCCACCCUGCCGCCUACCCACCUCAAGGCCUGAACAGCCUUGGCCCCGCCAUGCGCUACCCCUCGCCCUCUCAGCUACACCAGCAGAUGCCCUUGAUUCAACAUAGCUACCACCCCGCCUCGAACGACCCAGCAUAUGCUCAACCACCCAUGAGUGCAGCCCCUCCGCCAGUUCAGGAUCAACAACCUCAGCAAGAAGGAACCCAGCGCAGCACCGGCAGCGGCCUGCCCAAGGCUUUUGCAUGCUCGACCUGUGGCAAGGGAUUCGCUCGCAGAAGUGAUCUCGCCAGACAUGGAUGCGGAAAGCAGUUCAUCCAGCGCUCUGCUCUUACAGUGCACUCUCGCGUCCACANNCAGGAGAAAAGCCUCACAUGUGUGAGCGUUGCGGCAAGGUUCGUAAAAGCGUUUUUGAAUUUCGCUGUCGCGUCCGAUUUGCUAACAGCGUUUGUACAGCCCUUCAGCGACUCAUCGUCUCUUGCGCGUCACCGCAGAAUCCACUCUGGCAAGAGACCUUACAAGUGCCCCUAUGCCGACUGCCAGAAGACUUUCACGCGUCGCACAACUCUGACGCGUCACCAAAACCACCACACCGGCACCAUUGAGGAGUCAGCCGCUGCCACCGCUGCAGCCUUGGCCUCGCGUGCCUCGAUGCAGACGCGUGGAUCGCGCUCUGAUGGAGAAGAAUACUCGGAGAACAAGUCGCCGAUGCCUACUCCCUCGCCCCACGACCGCCCCGUCUCGGUUUCACCCGCUGGUGGUAUGAACGGCGUUGCUGCACUUCAGCGUCAAACCUCGGACUACUACAUGAACGCCAUGAACGGUGGUAUGACGAUGCCCCCACACAUGCGCAACGAGAUGGCUACACACAGCCCGCGCUCCGCCUCUCCGGCCAACUCUCAUUAUUCCAUGCCCAGCUCGGCCAGUCAAGCCCGCCAGCCAUUGACCUCUCACCCUGGUGCAUACCCUCUUCCAUCAACGUUGGAGCCACCUACUACCAAUCCCCCUAGCCAGAACGGCAGCGUUGGAGGUAGCCCCCACAUGGGUGGCUCUGGCUGGCAGUCCCCUGCUCACCAAUCGAUUGGUGGAGCGCAGCAGGCCGACUACUCGUACCCUGAUCCCAACACUCAGCAGUACGUGCAGAACGCUCAAAACUUGUAUUACCAAAACCAAAACAUGCGUCGCCCUCAAAGCACGGAUCCCAUGGACCCUUACCAUGCACAACGCAUUGGCCACGUUGGCCAGGAGCUCUGGGCCCAACACCCGCAA